CUAGUCCACAUCGAAGGUUCGAAGCUUGGUUUACCGAUUCAAACCACCGGUUCGGGUCAACACGGCUUUCGAUAGAGAUAAAUUUAAUUUUAAUUAAAAAAGGUGUUUGGAGAGAGACAACCAAAAAAAAAAAAAAAAAAGAGUUUCUUCAUCGGUCUUCGUCUCGUCGUUUGAUUAGUUCUCUACAUUUGUUUUUGAUUAGUUCGCGAUUCAUUUCUAUCUUGUCUCCGGUCAAUAUUUUUCUUCGAUCCGUCGAUCGGAUAUUUUGACUGGAGAUUUAAGAAGUCUGAAAUUGUUAGAUCGCAGCUAUGUCGUACUCUGACUCCGAUUCGUCGUCUCAUGGUGGCGAGUACAAGAAUUUCCGACAGAUUACGCGUGAACGACUCUUGUAUGAGAUGCUUAGAUCUGCAAAGACAGGGAGCUCAAAAUCCACCUGGAAGGUACUAAUCAUGGACAAACUUACUGUCAAGAUAAUGUCGUACGCCUGCAAAAUGGCUGAUAUCACACAAGAAGGAGUUUCAUUGGUUGAAGACAUAUUUAGACGAAGACAACCACUUCCUUCAAUGGAUGCAAUAUACUUCAUCCAGCCAACUAAAGAGAAUGUCAUCAUGUUCUUGUCAGACAUGUCUGGGAAAUCACCCUUGUACAAGAAGGCAUUCGUUUUCUUCAGUUCACCGGUUUCCAAGGAACUGGUUGGUCACAUCAAGAAAGAUUCGAGUGUAUUACCUCGGAUUGGAGCAUUGAGAGAGAUGAAUUUGGAGUUUUUUGCCAUUGAUAGCCAGGGUUUCAUAACCGAUCAUGAGCGAGCUUUAGAGGAUCUUUUUGGUGAUGAGGAAACUUCUCGAAAAGGCGAUGCGUGCUUGAAUGUGAUGGCUUCUCGAAUUGCUACAGUCUUUGCUUCGUUGCGGGAAUUCCCAGCAGUACGAUACCGAGCUGCAAAGUCACUUGAUGCAUCGACAAUGACAACUUUGCGCGAUUUAAUUCCAACAAAGCUUGCAGCUGGAAUCUGGAAUUGUCUGGCAAAACAUAAGCAGUCGAUUGAAAAUUUUCCUCAAACUGAAACAUGCGAGCUACUCAUCCUUGACAGAUCCAUAGACCAGAUUGCCCCUGUUAUACAUGAGUGGACAUAUGAUGCUAUGUGCCAUGAUUUACUGAACAUGGAAGGAAACAAAUAUGUACAUGUGAUUCCAAGCAAAUCAGGCGGACAACCAGAGAAGAAAGAUGUGCUCUUAGAGGAACAUGAUCCUAUUUGGCUAGAGCUUCGACAUGCACAUAUAGCAGAUGCUAGUGAAAGAUUGCAUGACAAGAUGACCAAUUUCUUAUCGAAAAACAAAGCUGCUCAGCUUCAGGGUAAGAGAGAUGGAGCUGAGCUUUCUACAAGAGAUUUGCAGAAGAUGGUUCAAGCAUUGCCACAGUACAGUGAACAAAUUGACAAGCUCUCUCUCCACGUAGAGAUUGCUAGAAAACUCAACGACCUUAUCAGAGAGCAAGGACUUCGGGAGCUUGGACAACUUGAACAAGACCUUGUUUUUGGUGAUGCUGGAAUGAAGGAUGUGAUUAAAUAUUUGAGUACUCAAGAGGAGGCAAGCCGUGAAGGUAAGUUACGCCUGUUGAUGAUCCUCGCAACAAUUUACCCUGAAAAGUUUGAAGGUGAAAAAGGUCAAAAUCUAAUGAAGUUGGCCAAACUCUCAUCUGAUGACAUGACCGCUGUAAAUAAUAUGAGCUUACUUGGUUCAGCCGUCGAUGCUAAAAAGAAUACCCCGGGAGGUUUCACUUUGAAAUUUGACCUUCACAAGAAAAAACGAGCUGUCAGGAAAGAGCGCCAAGAGGAAGCAGCAUGGCAGUUAUCUCGUUUUUACCCCAUGAUUGAGGAACUCAUCGAAAAACUUAGCAAAGGAGAAUUGCCAAAAGAGGAUUUCCCAUGUAUGAACGACCCAAGCCCAAGUUUCCACGGAUCAACCUCACUUUCAUCAGCAGCAAGUAGUAGUCAAGGUCAAGCUGCUCAGUCCAUGAGAUCAAGACGCACACCAACAUGGGCUAAACCUCGAGGUUCAGAUGAUGGAUAUUCAAGUGAUUCGGUAUUGAGACAUGCGUCAAGCGAUUUCAGGAAGAUGGGACAGCGAAUAUUUGUGUUCAUCGUCGGUGGAGCGACUAGAUCAGAGUUAAAAGUAUGCCACAAACUAUCCACAAAACUCAAAAGAGAAGUAAUCCUCGGUUCCACGAGCCUGGACGAUCCUCCACAGUUCAUAACGAAAUUGAAGCUUUUGACUGCAAAUGAUGAUUUAUCUUUAGACGAUCUCCAAAUAUGAGAAUCCAGAUCUCAAAUCAAAUCCCUGUCUUUGUUCUCUUUUGUCUCUCAAACUAAUUUGUAACCAAGUGAACAAAAAAUCGUCAGAUUAUGAGAUCAUGAUUGUAAGUGUACCCAAAUUGUUUGUCCGAUAAAUAUGUAAAGCAACUCAUAAAGUUGACUUCUAGAUCUUUGGCUAUUUUCUUGUUACAUUCGAUUGUGUAAAUUACCUAAACCCUUCUUUGCUUUUUCAGAAUCUUCUCUUAUAUAAGUUUUUCAAUUAGAUUUUUUUGAAUCUGAAUACGUUGAAUAUAAAAAUGCCCAACACAGGGCAAAGUAGUCUAACAAGUAACAAUACCAAGGC